AUGUUAUCGGUUCUUACGCUUCCUCUCUUCAUCAAGAUGCUUCCUCUCUUCAUCAAGGUGCUUCCUCUCUUGAUCAAGAUGCUUCCUCUCUUCAACAAAGUGAUUCCUCUCUUCUUCAAAAUACUUCCUCUCUUGAUCAAGAUGCUUCCUCACUCCACCAUGCAGCUUCCUCUCUUGAUCAAGAUGCUUCCUCUCUUGAUCAAGGUGCUUCCUCUCUUCUUCAAAGUACUUCCUCUCUUCAUCAAGGUGCUUCCUCUCUUCAUCAAAGUACUUCCUCUCUUGAUCAAGAUGCUUCCUCUCUUCAUCAAUAUGCUUCCUCUCUUCAUCAAGAUGCUUCCUCUCUUCAUCAAGGUGCUUCCUCUCUUGAUCAAGAUGCUUCCUCUCUUCAACAAAGUACUUCCUCUCUUGAUCAAGAUGCUUCCUCUCUUCAUCAAUAUGCUUCCUCUCUUCUUCAAAGUACUUCCUCUCUUCAUCAAGAUGCUUCCUCUCUUCAUCAAUAUGCUUCCUCUCUUCAUCAAGAUGCUUCCUCUCUUCAACAAAGUACUUCCUCUCUUGAUCAAGAUGCUUCCUCUCUUCAACAAAGUACUUCCUCUCUUGAUCAAGAUGCUUCCUCUCUUCAUCAAUAUGCUUCCUCUCUUCUUCAAAGUACUUCCUCUCUUCAUCAAGAUGCUUCCUCUCUUCAUCAAAGUACUUCCUCUCUUGAUCAAGAUGCUUCCUCUCUUCUUCAAAGUACUUCCUCUCUUCAUCAAGAUGCUUCCUCUCUUCAUCAAUAUGCUUCCUCUCUUCUUCAAAGUACUUCCUCUCUUGAUCAAGAUGCUUCCUCUCUUGAUCCAGAUGCUUCCUCUCUUCUUCAAAGUACUUCCUCUCUUCAUCAAGGUGCUUCCUCUCUUCAUCAAGGUGCUUCCUCUCUUCAUCAAUAUGCUUCCUCUCUUCUUCAAAGUACUUCCUCUCUUCAUCAAGAUGCUUCCUCUCUUCAUCAAGAUGCUCCUCUCUUGA